ACAAAUCUACACUGCCUCUGCGCACAUAUGAGCGCAAUAUAUCUGACUUUUUUUUAAAUUAAUUUUUAUAGGGAACAGGUUGCUGAACACACAAAACGUGAGGCAUAGCUUGUUAUCGGCAUUCAUUAUCUAGUUGCUGCGGUUCUUCUCUUUGAGGUAGGCUACAGGCUACAGAAGAAGCGAGAUGCGCCACGCAUCAGGCUUUUGUCGACAGAAAUCCAUGGCAGAGAUUCUAGAAUCAUGAUUAUAUAAGGAAAAGGAGAGUCGGAUGCACGCACGGCCGAUUCCACCGUCACCAGAAGACUGGAAAAUAAAAGAUACAGGCUGUAACGUGCGAGCGAGGUGUCACAGGCUGGCACCAGUGUUGCCUAGCGCCAGACCACUUUGCGCCACAAGUAGAAAACAGGGGAUGCACGAAAACAGUGAAGACAUCCGGGCACGAUGCAGGACUGAAUCUAUAUAUUUCCCCUAGAAUAAGACGUUGUGUCGACUUGGCUAUCAUUUGAGUGUAAAGCGCGUCGAAUAAGUAGUCUAAUUUAUUAUCGUGAAGAUGAGUGUAAACCAGACUGGGUAUGAUGGCAUCUCUAGAGUGGAUGGUGUCACGGUAACGGGCGGCCUCAACAUCAGUGGUACCCCGAAGCUGCAACAGUGUGCUCAGCCUCCCGGUAACCGACCCAGGGAUGCCCGAUACCAGCAACACGGCGGUCGGCAGCACCAGCACGCCAGCUCCGCUGUCAAACCGCCUAAUUCUGAACGGUCCGAACCCGCGGACGUUGUGAAGCGCGCCAUUGACUUCAAGACUCAAGGCACACAGUGUUACAAGGAUAAGAAGUACCGGGAGGCGAUUGGCAAGUACCACCGUGCUUUAUUAGAGAUGAAGGGGUUGUGCCGGGUGCUGGGAGACCCUGAAGCCAGCUCUAAGUCUCCUUCCUCUGUGCUGCCUACUAUGACCAAAUCAGACAGCCUGACGGACGAGCAGAAAGGUGCCAUGGAGAACGCCGAGCUGGAGUGUUACAACAGUCUGGCAGCGUGCCUGUUGCAGAUGGAGCUGGUCAACUAUGAGCGUGUGAAGGAGUAUUGUCUGAAGGUACUGCGUAAGGAAGGGGACCACUUCAAGGCUUUGUACCGCUCUGGGGUGGCCUACUAUCACCUAGGAGACUUCCACAAGGCCCUUCACUAUCUCAAGGAGUCCCACAAACAACAGCCAGCAGACACCAACGUUCUCCGUUACAUCCAGCUGACUGAGAUGAAGAUCCGUCGUUCUGCCCAGAAGGAGAAGAAAGAGACCGCAUAAACAACCAACACUCACUGUCUUAAUUGAUAACUGAGGCUUUACCCGAAAUGGCACCCUAUUCCCUAUGCAGUGCACUAGGUCCCUAUGUGCCCUGGUCAAAAGGAGUGCACUGCAUAGGGAAUAGGGUGCCAUUUAGGAUGUCACCCACCUAACCUUUUCACUCAACUGUCAAUUUGUACUUUUCUUCAUGCUCCACUCAGACCACGAUACAGGGUCUCUGUGUUUUAAAGGAUUUCUAUAUAGAUAUGCUUUACCUUUGCACAGCCACUUUAUCCUUCUUCGUCUUCGCCGAUUAUGUGAUUCAUACCAACGUGUACUUUAGUACUUAUGAGUAAUAUGUCAACUAUUUUAUACAGAUAUGCAGUACCAGUCAAAAGUUUGGACACACCUACUCAUUAAAACGUGUUUCUUUAUGUUUUCUAUUUUCUCCAUUGUAGAAUAAUGGUGAAGACCUCAACAC